UCAAUAUAUAAUACAUGGCACCUGUGCAGGACGCCGCUCGCCUCCCUCACACCUCAGCGUGCUAGUGGUCCCCUGUGUUAGACGCCAUCUUAUCCGGUUUACUGCUGUCUCUACAACAAUCUUUAUCAGAAUGACUGACCAUGAGACUGAGCUUUUGGACUACGAGGAGGAUGAAGAUGCGGUGGAGGCAGGAGUGGGAGAGUCCAAUGAGGCUGCCCCAGCAAAAAAAGAUGUCAAGGGUACAUAUGUAUCCAUUCAUUCAUCAGGUUUCAGAGAUUUCCUCCUCAAACCAGAAAUCUUGCGGUCCAUUGUUGACUGUGGUUUUGAACAUCCCUCAGAAGUGCAACAUGAAUGUAUUCCCCAAGCAGUGCUGGGUAUGGACAUCCUAGGGCAGGCUAAGUCUGGUAUGGGCAAAACAGCAGUGUUUGUGUUAGCGACCCUGCAGCAGAUAGAUCCAGUUGAUGGCCAGGUGUCUGUGCUGGUGAUGUGUCACACCCGAGAAUUAGCAUACCAAAUAGCAAAGGAAUAUGAACGGUUCAGCAAGUAUAUGCCCACUGUCAAGGUUGGUGUGUUCUUUGGAGGCUUGAAUAUUCAGAAGGAUGAGGAAACACUGAAGAACAAUUGCCCUCACAUUGUUGUAGGUACACCCGGUCGUGUCCUUGCUUUGGUCCGAAACAAGAAGCUUAAUUUGCGACAUCUCAAGCACUUUGUCUUGGAUGAGUGUGAUAAGAUGCUUGAACAACUAGACAUGCGUCGUGAUGUCCAAGAAAUCUUCCGCAACACACCCCAUGAGAAGCAAGUGAUGAUGUUCAGCGCUACAUUGAGCAAGGAUAUUCGUCCAGUAUGCAAGAAGUUCAUGCAAGAUCCCAUGGAAGUUUAUGUUGAUGAUGAAGCCAAGCUAACCCUUCAUGGCCUCCAGCAGCAUUAUGUCAAGAUUAAGGAGAAUGAAAAAAACAGAAAAUUAUUUGAAUUACUUGAUGCCCUAGAAUUUAACCAGGUUGUUAUAUUUGUGAAGUCUGUGCAGCGGUGCAUGGCCUUAGCACAGCUGCUGGUGGAGCAGAAUUUCCCAGCCAUUGCUAUUCAUCGUGCUAUGCAGCAGGAAGAGAGGCUCAGUCGCUACCAGCAGUUCAAAGACUUUCAAAAGCGUAUCCUUGUUGCCACAAACCUGUUUGGCCGUGGCAUGGACAUUGAGAGAGUUAACAUCGUCUUCAAUUAUGACAUGCCUGAGGACAGUGAUACGUACCUUCAUCGGGUAGCAAGAGCUGGAAGAUUUGGAACCAAGGGUUUGGCUGUAACAUUUGUCAGUGAAGAAAGUGAUGCCAAGACUCUGAAUGAAGUCCAAGAGCGAUUUGAUGUCAAUAUCACGGAACUGCCAGAUGAAAUUGAUCUCUCUUCAUAUAUUGAGGGCCGCUAACAAGCACUUGAUGAAAUACAGUACAGUACUGUACUGUAUAUGCUUAAUUUUAAGGUUGUGCGUGAUAUUGCGUCCAUGAGAAAUGGAAGAAUAAUGUGUGUAUGUGUAAGUCACAUUGAUACUGAAACUAGCUGAACUGCUAAAUUUUCAGUAUAUACAUUUUUUAAUGAGGUAAAAAGUAAUUUUACAUGUGAGUGUCUGGAAAUAAUAAAAUAACCAAAGUAUUCAGGUGUACGUUUUUUCCUAAUGUAUUUGUUUAACUAGACUUUUUUAUUUUUUAUUGAUGGUAAUUGAUUUUAUGUAUUCUAGCACUAGCAGAGCUAUAACUUGCUACUAAAGUACAAGCAUUUUGUGUACAGAAUAGUCUUGAAUAAUAAAAUAUGUAUUUA